AGUUAUUAAAUUCUGCAAAUUCACACACUGACAACACCCCCCUUGAUGUUUCCACAGUGUAAAACAGGAGAGGGUGGGGUCUCCGUGUCUGUCCAUGAAGAGUGAUUGGUCCAUGGACAGGCCCAUUAUGUUUGGAAAAGAUGCCAGUGAGCUGACAGCCAGUCUACUGACAGAGGACCACUUCAGAUGUUCAGUGUGUACAGAGGUUCUCAAAGAGCCAGUCUCCAUCCCCUGUGGACACAGUUACUGCAGACAGUGCAUUGAGACCCACUGGAACCAGCCUGACCAGACAGGAGACUACGACUGCCCCCAGUGCAGAAAGAGAUUCAGAACACGUCCUGACCUCCUCACUAACUCAGCCUUGGAGAAGGUGAUUGAGAAACUCCACCAGGCAGGGUUCAAGGUCCCUGCUCUUCCCAAGCACUGCUACGCUGGACCUGGAGAUGUGGCCUGUGAUCUCUGCACUGAGAAACAGCUCAAAGCUGUGAAGUCCUGUCUGACCUGCACUGCCUCCUACUGUGAGAGUCAUGUAAGACAUCACUACACCGUAGCAGCUCUGCAGAGACACACCCUGGUGGAGGUGUCUGGAAACCUGGAGCAGAAACUGUGCCAGCUGCACCACAGAGCUCUGGAGGUCUUCUGUAAGACAGACCAGGUUUCUGUUUGUCUGCUGUGUGCCUUGCAGGACCACAGAAACCAUGAUGUCAUAAAGAAUGAGAGAGACACUGAAGAGGUGGGUGUGUCUAUAGUCUGGACUAGUGUGUGGUAGAUACUGUAGAGGUGGGUGUGUCUAUAGUCUGGACUAGUGUGUGGUAGAUACUGAAGAGGUGGGUGUGUCUAUAGUCUGGACUAGUGUGUGGUAGAUACUGUAGAGGUGGGUGUGUCUAUAGUCUGGACUAGUGUGUGGUAGAUAGUGUAGAGGUGGGUGUGUCUAUAGUCUGGACUAGUGUGUGGUAGAUAGUGUAGAGGUGGGUGUGUCUAUAGUCUGGACUAGUGUGUGGUAGAUACUGAAGAGGUGGGUGUGUCUAUAGUCUGGACUAGUGUGUGGUAGAUACUGAAGAGGUGGGUGUGACUAUAGUCUGGACCAGUGUGUGGUAGAUACUGAA